AUGGUUGUCGGCGCUACGGGCCACCAUCCAUGGCGCCCGGCCCACCGGCAUGCUUGGGACGGCGAGGCACAUCCGCUGGUGCGUAGCACGCCCAGUAGAGAGCCUGGGAGCGAGCAGCCCGCCACGAUAGCUUCUGGUGCAAGGAGGGCGGCGCCGCAGCUUACUCCCACCGCCGUCGCCGAUCGAUGGCAGCCGCCACUGCACGACUGCCUCUUCCUCCUUAGACCCCGCCUCUUCCAUCUCGCACGUAGCCCCUCCCAGGUUGGACAGAGGAGGCGCUGCAGCGCACGCGCACUCUUGCCGUCGCCGCUUGAUGGCCGACACCGCCGCAUCACCGCCCCCUCCCUUGCAGCUUCUUGCCAUCCCAAUCAACACUCGUCAAUCUCCUCGACCCCGGCCGGACGGGAUGGUCAGGUCGCCGGCAACCCCCACCCGGACCCCCAGGUCACCGACUGCCCCAAACCCGACCUCCAGCUCGGCAGCUGCCCAAACCCGAUCUCCAGCUCAGCGGCCGCCCCAAACCAGACCCCCAGCUCGACGGCUACAGAUCUUGAGGAGCACAAGGGUAUUGGUAAGCUCUUGUAUGCCAUAAAAAUUGAGAAGGCUAAUGGCCCAGAUCUUGAGGAGCACAAGGCUGCUAGUGAGCUCCAUGUGGAACCACCAAAGUGCAAGAAAAGGAAGCGAAGUAGGCAGAGUAGCGGCGAGCUUCAUGCAGAACACCAAGAAACAAACAAAGUCGUCAUGAAGUCAUCGACGUCCAAGAAAAAGAGGAAGGCAAGUGAAGGAAUGUGCACUAAUCCAUCAGCACCGUUGCUUGGACCUUUGGCCGUUGACAUGGAUAAGCAGGCACCACCAUUAAAAAAGAAAAGGCUUAAUAAGAGAGAUGUUGCAACUACACCAUCACUUGAAGCUUUGCUCGUUGACAAGGAUAAGAAGCCAUCGCCUAGAUCUUCUCCCGUUGACAAGAAUAAGGAGUCAUCACUAUGCAAAAAGGUGGCAAGAUCUCCAGUUCUUAACAACGUGGUAGUGUCAUUCUUAGCCAGAAGGGGAAAAAGGACAAGUCACUAUCCCCGUCACAACCUUCACUGCUGGCUUUGUCACCCAAAGUAGCAAACCUUGGUUCAUGCAGACCAUGAAAAUUAAAACCAAAAAUUUGGAACGAGGCAGAGCCAAUCUAUGUUGAUGGAAAGCUUGUAGAAGGUCGUUGUACUUACUGCAACCAACGAUUUCCUACCUCAAAAAAGUCAGGGACAAGACAUAUCGGUAAACAUUUGUUGCUAUGUGAGGAGAGAUCUAAAAUGGAUGGUAUGGUUGCCAAGAUACAAACUGAUAGUGCAAUUGAUCCAUAGUGGAAGUUUGACCAAGGGUGUGCACGUAGAGCACUGGCAAAGUUGAUUGUGCUACAUGAAUUACCUUUCACUUUUGUUGAAUAUCCUGGCUUUAGGUCUUUUGUUAAGACAUUGAAUCCAUGGUUCAGCGUGGUAUGUAGAGAAACAAUUAAAGAAGAUUGCAUUGAUGCAUAUGAUAAACACAAAAAAGAAAUUCAAGCACUUUUUAGCAAUGUAAGUUCUCGAGUAUCAUUAACGGGUGACAUGUGGACAUCUAAUCAGAAGCUGGGUUAUUUAUGCAUAACUGCCCACUUUAUUGAUGGCUCAUGGACUCUAAAAAAACAGAAUAAUCACAUUUUGCCUCUUGGAAACUCCACACAACGCUUAUAACAUGUUUGACAUGGUACAAAAGAGCUUGAGAGAUUGGAAAAUUGAAGACAAAAUCUUUAGCUUUACCCUGGACAAUGCACCAGUUAAUACCUCGAUGGUUGGCCACAAGAAUUUUUUUGGUAGAUAGGUAUCUUGUGCAUCAUAGUGGAAAAUUAUUGCUUGUUAGAUGUGAUGCACAUGUACUGAAUCUAGUGGUGCAAGAUGGGCUCGACGCAAUGGCGUCAGUUGUUGAUAGAAUCAGAGAAUCAGUGCUGUAUGUCAAGAGUUCGCAAGGCAGAAUGGAGAAAUUCAAUGCGAUGAUUGCACGGGUGGGACUUGCUUGUAAAAACCAUCCUUCGCUAGAAGUGCCUACCCGAUGGAAUUCAACUUAUAAUGCUUGAAUCAUCAUUGCCGUUCAGAGAAGCGUUCGAAGCCUUGAAAGAAACUGACAAAGAUUAUAAAUUUGCUCCUUCGGCUAGUGAAUGGGAGAUGGUUGAGGCUAUUUGCCAUCUUUUGGGCGCUUUUUACACAGCCACAAAGAAAAUCUCGAGUAGGACAUAUCCCACCUCUCACCUGUACUUCUAUGAGGUCUGGAAUGUGAAGCAGAUAAUGGAGAAAGAAGUCAUAAGUGAAAAUCCUACCAUUGUUGCCAUGGUGAAAGAUAAGGAGAAGAAAUGGAUGGAAUAUUUUGAGGAGUCGUUCUUAACAAGUUGUCUACCGGUGAUAUUUGAUCCGAGGUACAAAUACGAAUAUGUUCACUUCUGACUGACCGCAGCUUUUGGUGGUGGCGCCGAGAAAUAUCUUACCAAGGUGAAUAGUGCGAUGAAGAUCCUAUUUGCUGAAUAUGCAUCUGAAUAUGAAAACACUUCUGAUGAAGGUGAUGAGGUUGUAGAGGAGGAUGGUGAGCGCACUCUCGAUGACUGGAAUAAGCAUUUGAGAUUGAAAAGAUCCCACAACUCAAAUGAGCUACAACGAUAUCUUGAGGAAGACUUGUUUCCUCGCCAACAGAAAUUGGAUAUCUUAAAGUGGUGGGAGAUUCACUCCCCAAAGUAUCCAGUGCUUGCGGCUAUAGCACGGGACAUAUUGGCAAUGUCUGCGUCUACAGUGCCUGCAGAGGCUGCAUUUAGCAAUGCUGGACGGAUCAUCACUGCUCAAAGAAGUAGUUUGACCCCGAGUACUGUUGAGACGCUGAUGUGCCUCGAGGAUUGGUUUCGAGCAGCUGAUCACCAAAAGAUGGAACCAACAGUUGGAGACCAUGGUGGUGAGCAAGACGAUGCUGGAACCACCUAAGGUAAUUCUGCUAGUUGUACUUUGCACUUUUUGUUCCUUCACCAAAAAUACUAUCUUCACCACAUCUGACUGGGUGACUGCCAGCUUCGCGUUUGACCUGACAGCAGGGCGCUCAUGUUCUUGUUCUAGGCAAAUCAUAUUGUUCAGACAUUAUUGAUUAUGAAACUGAUAUCAUUGCAUUUAGUGGCACAUUGUUUAUGGGGUCACAACUAAUUGCAACCUGGAGGAAUGCAUGCAAGAAGGUGGUGGUUUCAAUUUGUAGCACGAACAAGUACUGCCAAUUUUUUUAAAAUGUUUAUUUCAGUGUUAAGGAACAGAUUAUUGUGCAUUCGGUGGUGCAUUGUCCAUGGCCUUUUGCAAGCUGGAGACAUAAAAGAGCAAGUAAACAGUGAGCUAUAUGAUGAUAUAAUUCUAGUGAUGCUGGAAUGAAAUACUCUCUUUGAUGCCCAGACCUGUUUAGUGAUAGCAAUGGAGAGGUGUAAGCACAUUCAUACUAUAAUCAAAUAUAUUAUGUAUCUGCUAUUUAAAUAAAGAUCUCAGCUUACAAUUGUCUCAUGAGUGCAAGUAAUUACUAAUAAGCAUUCUUUGUUGCUUCAGGAGAAGAAGAAAGUUGUCAACUUCAUGCACUCAUGGCAAAAGAAGAAAAAGUUGUCCAUGGACUGAAAAUUUGUUCUAUGAAGCCUGACUUGGCGGCCAACGUAUCCUCGUCGCAUGUCUACUUGAUCAGUAGUCACUGAAGGUUUAGUGGAUUCAUCCAUAUAUGUAACUGAAGGUUUAGUGCAUUCGAUCGAUUCAUUCGUAUCUGUAACUGAAGGUUUUGUAGAUCUGAUCGAUUCAUCUGUUUAUGUAACCAAAGGUUUAGUAUAUUCCUUCCA